CAGUGCUGGUAUUUUUCCUCAGUCAGUUCGAAUUAUUUUUCUUGCUGUGCUACUUUUACUUUGGAGGUGUUUCUUUCUGGAGUGGACGCCACUCUUCUCAGGGUCUAGUUCUUCUCUUUGGUACAAUGGCAGAUGCACUUGGUGGCGAUGGGGCCCCAAUUGGUGGUGUAACCGGCCCAGAGUCGAUGUACGUGAAAUUAAUCUCUUCUGAUAACUUUGAAUUUUACAUCAAGAGAGAACAUGCCUUCAUUUCAGGCACAAUCAAGGCAAUGAUGAGCGGUCCAGGUCAAUUCGAGGAGAAUGAGACCAAUGAAGUACUUUUCAGAGAAAUCCCGUCGCAUGUGCUUGCCAAAGUGUGCAGCUACUUCACGUACAAGGCAAAGUACACGAACAGCAUUGCAGAGAUCCCGGAGUUUCCCAUUGCGCCCGAGGUGUCACUGGAGCUGCUGAUGGCUGCAAACUUUCUCGACUGCUAAGCCUUCUUGUACAGUGUGUAUGCACCAGUGUACAUGUAUAGCCAAAUCACUCGCAACCCUCCUCGUUGGAAACCUGUUCCGAGUCUGUUUUAUUUUUGCUGCUGGUCUUAUAAUGCUUGUGUUUCCCCUCAAGGCUCUAACUGCAUAGGUUUCAUCAGUUGUGUGUGCUGUCAGUCGUGGAGACUGGCUUGAUUUGAUUUUGUACAAGUCACUCGCAACCCUCCUCGUUUGAAAACUGUUCCGAGUCUAAACUUCCGAUUCAGUUUUAUUUUUGCUGCUGGUCUUGUAGUGCUUCUGUUGCCCCUCUAUCUGCAUAGGUUUCAUCAAUUGUGCGUGCUGUCAGUCGUAAUGCUUGUGUUUCCCCUCUAACUGCGCAGGUUUCAUCAGUUGUGUGUGCUGUCAGUCGUGGAGACUGGCUUGAUUUGAUUUUGUACAAGUCACUCGCAACCCUCCUCGUUUGAAAACUGUUCUGAGUCUAAACUUCCGAUUCAGUUUUAUUUUUGCUGGUCUUGUAAUGCUUGUGUUUCCCUCUAACUGCAUAGGUUUCAUCAGCAUAACUGCAUAGGUUUCAUCAGUUGUGUGUGCUGUCAGUCGUGGAGACUGGCUUGAUUUGAUUUUGCACAUGUAUUCCUGAUCAUUCUGUGUGGCUUGGUAGCCGCCACCUCUUCA